AUGGAGAGAGCUUCUACAAUCGGAAAACAAGAUGCUGAGAUUCUGCUGAUACCACAUGUAUAUUUUGAUGUUCCCACUUAUGCUCCAUUAUCACCACCAUUAACUCAAUAUGAUUAUGAAGCAUUAUAUUAUGAUCCAUCACAAUAUUUCUUAUAUAGAAGUGAUCUUAUGACUGAAGCUGAACUUCCAUCACAUAUUUAUGAAUGGCCAAAAAGAAAACAAAAUAAUAAAUUAGGUAUAAUUAAUGUAGAUACAAAUCAAACAAAUCUAAUGAAUGAUUAUUUUCGUUCAAAUGAAAGAUAUAGUCCAUCUGUUUCAGCUGUCAUAAGUAUGGAAAGUUCUCCAAAAGAUUCUAUAGAUACAGCAGCUCCAUCACCUAUUCCAAUGGAAGUUGAAGAAAGAAAUAGGCGUACAGUUAUUGGAGGUGAAAUGUAUAAUUGUCCCAGAAUUGCACCAAUAUGUUGUAAACCAACAUUAUUUGGUGAAUUAAGAACAACAUUAGAUUAUAAUAUUUUUAAUAGACCAUGGAUUGGUUAUAAUGAACGAGGAUUUCCAUAUAAUACUAAAUCUGAUUAUGAACAAUUAAAUUGGAAUGUUGUUGAAGAUUAUUUCUUGUUUAGAAGUGUUGUAAUUGAUCAAAAUAUUCGAAGUGUUGAUUUUAAUACAUCACGUUUUCGUGAAAUGCCAAAUUGGUUAUAUGUUGAAAGUGUUGUGAACAAAUUUAGUAAAAUGUAUAGACCUGCAAGACAAUGCCAUUUAAGAUACUUGCAUAGUAUAAUGCCUAAAGAAGAAGGUAAAGAUCAGGUAUAUGAUUUAGUGGGUAAAAAAAUAAGAAAAUUACAAAUAUCAGCAGCUGAACAUUCAUUUAGAAAAAGACAUGGUAAAAAACGUUUAGAAGAAUUUUAUUUACACGAUGCUAAAAAAAUUCUUAAACUUUCCAUAGCAGCUGAAGCAAAAGUUAUUGUAUCACAACCAUUAAAGAAGAAUGAUUUUAGUCUUGUACCAGACGCAAAUGUUGAUUAUACAGAAUUUUCUGAUACUAUGAGGGAACAUAUGAUUGAAAGACUUAAUUUUAAAUCAGAGAAUAAAUUUUCUAUUAAAGAUUUUUCUGAUCCAUGUUAUAAAUUAAAAAAUUGGAUUAAAAAUGAUUUACCCCAACCAGUUAAACCAACUCAAAUUGAUCCAGCUUUUUCUUCAAUGACUAAAAGAGUUAAGGAAAGUCAAGAUAGAAUGAUUCCUUUCAAGAAGACACCACUUUGUGUUGGAGGAAAUAAUGUAUUCCUUGAUCCGGUUAAUUGUACAACAAUUGAAAGAAUAGAUUUUAAUGAUAUUAACGUUUUUAGACAACAACAACCUGUUGCAAGACCUGAUUUCUCUACAAUAUCUCAGCCAAGAACAAUACAAAUUCCUCGUAGACCUUUAAAUAUGUCUGGUUCACAAAUUAAUGUUAAUCAAACUCCUCAAUUAAUACCUAUGACUUAUAGAAGCGGUGGAUUGACAAUUAGUAACACUGGUCAAGGAAAUACUCCUAGAUAUAUUCAAGCUGAUUUAAAUCAUCAAAGAAGAUUUAGUGUUCAAAGUAGUAGAACAGGUACUUUAAGUCAAAGUAGUAGUACAAGUUCUGGUACUACAAAUAUGCAACAAUAUCAUUCACAAGGAUCACAGAAACAACAUCAAACAAAAUCUCCUAUAAGUUUACAACAAUCUCAGCAACAAUCAUCAUCACAACAGUAUCAUUCUCAAGUUAUGGUUAGUGGUGCAGAUCGUGGAAUUCCGAGAAUUGCAAGUUUUCAAUACGUACAAAAUCACAAUACACCACAAAGUGUCACUAGACCACCAGUUAGGACAAUGUAUCCUGGAGGAACAGGACGAAAAAUUCAUCAAAUACCUACAGCAACAAGUAGAAUUCAAGGUGCUACAGGUAAUUUUGUAUAUGGAAUACAAACUGCUGGUUCAGCAGGGGUUCUUAAAACAGUGUCAGCUCAUAGGGUUAUGACAACAAAAACAUUAUCUUCUCAACAUCAAUCACAACAGCAACAACAGCCACCACAUCAACAAGGAGGUCAAAGAACUCAACCAAAUUCUGGACCAUUUUCUACUAAAAAAGUAUAUGGGUGUACUCAAAAAUGA